UUGAACUAGAAGUGCAUAGCAUUUUUCUAUCCAGUUUUGUCAGAUUGAACUAGAAAUGAGAUCUGCAUUAGACAGACAGAGAUUUAUCAUUAUGGGAAUUGUAUCCCAAACCUCUGUGGUAUGGCUUCUGCUAGGUCUCAGCUCAGCAAAAGAUGUUCCAGCUUUUUAUAUUUUUGGAGAUUCCUUGGUCGAUGUUGGGAACAACUUUUACAUGAAGACUUUAGCAACGCCAUUGUUCCCCAAUGGGAUUGAUUUUGGCAAUGGAGAUAGGGUUCCUUCUGGACGAUAUUCAAAUGCUAGAUUAGUUCCUGACAUAAUAGGACAGGAAGUGGGCCUCAAAAACUUCCCUCCUCCACACCUGGCUCCGACGACUGUUGGGGACGUGCUUCUGGAUGGUGUCAACUAUGCUUCUUCAGGAUCUGGAAUUUUGAAUGCAACCGGAGAGUCAUACGGAGAUCACAUUAGCCUUGAGAAUCAAAUCAGUUACUUCGAGAAAACAAGGAAAGACAUCAUAUCGAAUAUUGGAAUCCAAGCUGCCAAGAAGUUGAUUGGAGAGGCUAUUUAUAUUCUUUUUGUCGGCGCCAAUGAUAUUAGGGACAUCUCCAACGUUGUGGAUAGCGGCGCAGUACUUGACACCAUCAUUUCAAGUUUAAGAUCACAGCUUACAAGACUCUAUAAACUGGGUGCUAGAAAGCUCGUAGUGGGAAAUUGUGGACCUUAUGGAUGUAUCCCUUAUACAAGGGAUGAGUAUGGAGUGAAAGACGGUUGUGUUUCUGCUGCAAAUCAGAGAGCUCAGAGUUUUAAUAAAGAACUUAAGCCGAUGCUUGAAGAGCUGACUAAAAAUCUCUCAGGAUCAAUACAUGUUUAUGCAGACAUUUAUGCUGUAUUCCUAGACAUCGUUCAAAACUACGUAUCAUAUGGUGCGCCAUCAAUUUGUUUAACAGCAAUGUAUAUUUCCUUUGCAUUUCAGCCUCCGGUUACAUGCACAUUUUUGUUUCCCAGGGUUUGAAGAUGCGGAAAAUGCGUGCUGCUAUGUUGUUGGAGCCCAUGGUGGCAUUAUCCCAUGCACACCUAGUUCUCAUGUUUGCUCUGACAGAACAAAGAAUGUUUUCUGGGAUCCAUUCCAUCUUACAGAAUCUGCGUACUUAAUUGCAGCAAAGCACCUGCUGGAUGGUGACUUGAAUUACAUAUCACCAAUGAAUUUUCGACAACUUGUAAAUACUUAAGAGUUGUCCAUGGAAAUGAACAAAAAUUCGAAAACUUUGUUUGAUGGGAGAUGCCUGCCUGGGCAAUGUAAGGCUACUUCAAACAUGCAUCUGAUAUUCUCAAACUACACAUGCUUCAUAAGGUGUUGCCAUGUGAAGAGGUCUAAUCUAAUGCAUGAAAAGUGCCCUAUAUAUAUAUAUAUAUAUCAACCUAGGAAAUUAGGAGGAAUGAAUAAAGGAUGGCUGGAAGCAUUAUGAAUCUAUAUCCAAAGAUGAGCUGCUGCAGCUACUACUAUAGUGUAAACUACUUCAAUUACCAAACAGAUUGGAUUCAAUAAUGUAGCCAAGUCUGCUAUCUUUAACGUGCUAUAAUCAUGCCCAUUAUUUUUUAAUUUUGAUGUUUAAAUUUAGCAAACACGAGAGCAUCCCAGCGUAAAACUACAAGCAGCCAAUCAGCACAAAUAACCUGUCUGCUGACAAUCUCUGCUAACUAACGAUAAACAA